UCAGUUUUAAUUUCGUUGCCGUUUCGUAAAGAAGUCGUAGUUUUCGUAUUUUCGAAGACGGUUGAUUCAACACUCUCGUUAUUCCAAAUCCCCUUUACCAUAAAAGAGAUGAGAAUAUUGUGAUGUUUUGAAAACGGGCGUGAAUCUACUUGAGAGAAUUAAAAAAAGAAAAAUAUCCAUAUUCUUGUUUUGUUUGCUUCUGUGUUUUUCUCCACCAAAAGUCAACUUCGUGCAUAGAAGUAUAUUUUAUUUUUUUGAGAUAUAAAUUAAAAAUAUGAAAUAAAGUAUCUAAAGCAAAGGGGGGGUUAUUAUGAGUAUAUUGGGUUGAUUGAUAUCUUGAAUGAAUAAAAAAUAAAAAAAACCUAUCCAACGGGUUGUUGUGUGUAUCUUGCGGGUGAAUGUAGUUCAAUUAGGUACAUGUACCUAUAUUCUUCGAUAUGCACUUUUUGUUGUUGUAUUGUUUUAAUUUCCUCAAUUAAGUCAUGAUGGUGUAAUUAUGAAUAAAAAAAUAUUGAUCUUUGAUUGGAUAUCAAAUAAAAUUAAUUGAAAAAUCAGUGAAAUUAAGUUUAAAUUUUUGAAAAAUAAAUUAUAACAAGGAAGUUCCUUCAGACAUCAGCAGAGAAGCCAACGAACCAACUUACAGACAAAUAAGGAGAUAACAAUAAUAACAAAAAUAUCAAAAAUAAAUAAUAUACCGCAAGAAGUGGGGCAAGAGGAAGAGGAAGAGAAGGGAGCUCGAAAGCAUUCAUCAUAUACCUACAAUACAAUUUUGUUAAUUAAUUUAAUUUAUAUUUUUGUUGAAUAAAAUUUUCUUUUCUUUUCGUGAAAAGCACGUAACUUGACGAAUUCGUCGUCGAUCGUCUUCGUGUUGUUAUUGUUGUGGUUAGCAAUUCUUGUCAUCCAUCUUUUGUCGUCGUCGGUCGUCGUGGUUGUUUGUUUUCGUAUAUAGUUUUUAUUGUCGUUGUCGGUUGUCCACAUCAACUCACUAACUAUCAGUGCAUCAACAUUCAAGAUCCAGCCAGCCACAGCUAUCUUUUUAUUCAUCCAUUUAUGAGGAACAAUAAAAACGGCUUAUCCUCCAGCCCAUAUGUGCAGUGCCCCGUGCAGUACUACAAGUACAACCCAUAACCAUAAUAAGAAAAUCUUUCGUAUUUUUGUUUCCCAUCAUCAGACGAGACGAACUGAACAGAGGCGAUAGGGAAGAAUACGACCACGAUACCAACGAACGCUGCGACGACGAGUGGUUAUUCCAACGAUAAGCCACUCCAUUCUACUGCUGCCGCUCCGCUGACACUGACUCCAAUGUAAAGAUAGAUAUACGUAUCUACGAAGUGAGCCCGAAAUCAAGAAUUCACGGACGACGGACGGACGGGACGCAUAAGCGGCAAUUGCCUACACUCCCCGCAUUGUAAUUAUUACUCUCUGGUGCACAUAUUGGAGUUCGUCGAGUGUGUUUUUAGUUUUAGUGUUUUCGAACCAAAUAAUUGUGAGUCAGAUGUUUUUCUAUCACACACAGGUUUUCGUUUUGGAUCGUUUCUGAUGAUCGCUUUGACGAACUAGAUUGUUACUACGAAUAAGUUGCUAUAAGAGUAUUUUACGGGGCAAUGGAUUUUGGAGUAGUAUAGCGAGCAUUCCCCCCUCCCCCCUAAUCGUCGAUUGAAAUAAAGAGUGAAAGAUACACAAAUGUGAAACCGGAAACCGUAUAUCUCAUUUUUAUUUAAAACAAAAAAAUAUCCAACAACAAAAUAAAACAUAAAAUCAUGCCGUCCUCGUCGUCGUCGUCAUCUUGGCCGUCUUAUUAUACAACGACGAACUCACACAGGGUGAUGUAUUGCAUUUGGACCAUAGCAUGGUUAUAUCUUACGUCAAUUGUUCAGUUUGUUUAUUGUGAUUCAGUGGCGGCUACAAGUGCAACCGCUACCGCCACUGCCGCCGUUCCAGCUGCAGAGUCCAUUGUUGCAGCAGGUUCUCCUAUAUCCACCACAUCAUCACUUAAUGCGUCGUCGUUGUCUAUGUGGAACCAUUCAACUACACUGUAUCUUUUCCCCCCUACCAACUUCGUGGAACCUCAUCAGAGACAUGCAAGAUCAGUGGAAACAGAGGAGCUAUCAAUAUGGCAAGGUGGUAGAUUCCCCUCAUCAUCAGUGCUUCAUAGUCGAAAUUUAAUAGUAAGCCCUACAUCGGACAGACAGGAUAUCUGCGAAUCAAGUUGUAAAUGCUCCAAGGACAAUAACUUCAUAACAAUUAACUGUGAUUUUAGUGCUAAUAAAAAGCUCAAUCCUAUUUUCGGGCCGAAUUUUCUCAUACCCGAUAUAGCUACUUCUCUUAUUAUUAAACUGGCGCCCGACACAAGUCUACGGAUGGAGAGAGGCUUAUUGCAAAAUAGCAAGAUCAAUCGAUUACUGGUCAUGGGUAAUAUGAUUGAUGGAGAACAGAUAGAAAUUGGUUCGGGUGCUUUUGAGGGUAAUCGAGGACCAUUUCCUGAGAUUGAAAUUGUCAACUGUCAAUCGGUGAUAUUACGUUCGAGUGCAUUCUCGGGUGAAUUGAAAUUCAGCAUCCGAAGGAGUAACGAUGUGAUAAUUUAUGGCAAUGCAUUUGAAGAUACUAUGGUUAAGGGUACUUUUAGUGAAAUAAAUGAUUUAAGGAUUGAAGAACAAGCAUUUAAUAAAGCCAAAGCUAGACUGAAUAUCAUUUCCUCGAAUGUAGAUAAUCUUUAUAGAUUCGAAGCAUCAUUGAGGGAAAUUCGUUUUUUCAAUUGUACUAUUGGAACAGUAAAUAGUGGAACUUUUGAUGUUAUUUCAAUUGAUUCGAUUAAGUUCGAAGAAUGUAAGAUAGGUGUUAUUAAGUCAAGAGCUGUCACAGAAAAGCUUUACAGCAAACAUCUGGCAAUUACUGGAGCAGAAAUUGGAACAAUUGAAAGUGAAGCAAUAUCUGGAAGUGGGAUUAGUGAGUUGAUUCUUUCAAAAAACAAAGUUGAUAACAUCCAACGAAAUGCUAUCUACGUUACAGCCAUAAGUGCAACAAUUUACAAGAACAAUAUAAAAUACGUGGGCAGCGAAUGGUUGCAAGUUCGUGAAUGGUCAAACAUAACAAUUCAAGACAAUAUGUUUGGUAUUUUUGGAAAUAUGACGUUGGAAAAGCCCAGUUCCAAGGGUGUAACAUGUAAAUUCGAUGGAAAUUCACUGACAAAACCACUUCGGGGGAGUUUGAAAAUGCCACACCCUCUAUGUCGAAUUCGAGAAGUGUCCAUAGAUCGAUUGUGUAGUUGUAAUACAUCAUGGCUGGAAGAAUUAUCUGAUCGGGAUCUACGUUCGGAGACUUAUUGCAAAGUGGAUGACAAACUUCAAUUCUGUUUCAAUACUACCAUGUUUAAUGUUCUCAAGUAUAUCAAUGAAGUAUGCGAUGAGCAGAAGACAACUCUGGAUUGUGUAAAGAAUAGGAAUUUACGAAAAAUAAACGGUCAGUUCUUUACACAAGAAGAGCUCGAAAUGCGUGACGCUGAAAUUCCACAACUGGUAUUUAUAGCAGCUGGGGCCAUAACGUUGAUAUUGUUAGCUUUAAUAGCCAUGUUCACUGCGAAGCACUGUGCAAACAGGAAAAAAGCCAGCAUGAACUCCAAGAGACACGUUCAUGAAUUCUCCAUCAAUGAACGACGGAUUAUCGAACAAACUGUGGAAAUUAUCAAGAACAAAUAUCCCCACAUUCAUAAGCAAGUUAGCGAGUCGACGAAAAGUCUCCUGCGAAAAGAUAUAAGCGAGGAGAAAUGCGUGGAUUUAGUCAGUGGAAUUGCUGAUCUUCUAGCAAAAUGCGAUAAUACAGGAGAUUUUGGUGCUUUUAAUGACAUUAUGUUGAAGCACUUAGGCUCAAUGCCAUCGGCAACAGCUCCUCCAAGUGAUCCCAUCUAUGCCGAACCAACGGCUCCAAUAGAAGAUGGAGGUUAUGGGAGCGGCAGUAGGUCAGAUGAUGUGGAACAAACACAUUUACCACCAGAACAUAUUUAUGCUGAACCAGGAAGCGUUCAGCAACCGCUGUUGAGAUGUGAAUACGCUUCGCCUAGAGAUAGGCACACCGACAUGGGUGAUCUGUACUCGGAACCAAUAACUGAUAGAGAUCCUCCAGCCUAUGCGACAACAAAUUUUAGUCAACCGUCGUCGAAUGCAACCAAAUUGCCAGGCACCAAACUUCAUACAUCAACAACACUUCAACGUCCACAAUUACCGUCCACAUCACAAAACCUUCCAGAUGUUCUUGGCCAGUCAUCGAGAGGAACGAGUAGCACGCUAUCGAAACCUCUAACAAAUGUUCAAAAAAUGGCACAAAAUCUCGAAAAUAGUCCUCAAUUUAGUGGACGUCUUCCUAUUUACACAGAAGUCAAUCCAUUUCGACGAGGAGGUGCUGCCAUAGCCAGUACGAGUAAGCCCCCACCAGUACCAAUAUCCGACCAAAGCCAUAACAUUGCUUCAUCAUCUGAUUCCGGAUCAGAUCAUUCAGGUGGAAGUGAUGUAACUGUUAAUAUUGACGAUAUUGAAUAUGCAGAUGCAUAGAUUUUUUUGUUUAAACUUUUUUCAAAUAAAUUGUCCUCCUUAAAGUGUUAUAAACAAUUUAAACAGGCUUGUGAUUAUAAUUAUAUAAAAAAUAUAUUCUGUAUAUAAAAAGAAAUACGUACAUUUAUAUAAAAUUAAAAUAUCUAAAAUUAUUGUUUUGUCGAAUUUAAUUUUAAGAAAAUAUUGAUGUGUAUACCGAAUUGAAUGAAUUUGUAUGUUUUUUUAAGUAUUAAUUUAAAAAUGCAUUUUAUAUUGUAUCUUAUAACAAUUUCAUUUAUUAAUGUGUUAAAAAUAUUUAAAGAAAAUGUUUUAUGUACCUAAUAUAAGAUGGUUGCAUUAUUGUUUAAGGUUAAAGUUUAUAAGCUAUACGUUAAUUUUUAAUAUUUUGUUGGCUUUUUUGAUGUUUAAGAAAAAUUUAAAGCAUUUUUCUUUUAAAACGCUUAAUUAUA